CAAAACUAAUUUAUCAAAUUGGAGCCAGAAAUCAUAGGAAAUUCGCUAUUCCGAAGAAUUUAAACGCCGUAUACUAAAUCAUACGCUCCACCACGCUCCUGCUUCCCCACAUACCAUACCAUAUCCUCAUUCAUGUCUCAUUUUGUGUUUGUUUUGCAGACUUAUGGGCAGUAGUGUUGUCUCGCAAUUGGCUCGAAAGUACGCUGCAGUGAUAUUUUUUCCCACUGUUGCAGUCGGCUCCAUCUACGCAGAUUGGUCGCACACCCGUAAGUGGAAGCGCCAGCAACACCAGUUGGCACACAGCGUUCAGCUAAAGAGUCAGAGCUAGGAGGAAGUACUUCGUCGAUAUCACGCUAAGAUGGUGCUCGGCCUGGACAAGCGCGCCCUGUGGGCAGCGGUGCCGUUAUUUGGCUUCGCCCUUGGCCACUUUCUGGACAA